GUGAAUUCUUGUGCAUUCGCGGUAGACUUUUUAAAUUCGCAUUCACACUGUCUGAGUGAAUCACUCUGGAACUUGUGAUUGGCUAAAUAUAUACUUGAGCAUUCUGUAAGAGCCAAUCAUAUCGACUCAUUGGGUUAUUUGGACGUGACAUCGUCGUGUCGUUGGUCGUUCGUUCGUUGGCAUAAUAUGACGGAAUGGGAUGUGUGUUGUUCCGUCUAUUCUUAGCGCAGGGCCACUGCGUUGAGUUGGUUGCGCAAGGGACUCUCAUGCUGCGGCGAAAGACCGAUUGCGAAUAUGCCAAAGGCCUCGUGGAAGCGUACUUCACAAUCCUCACGCAAGGAUGCGGCAACUCGAGUUGCACCAACGCAGUAUGUCGGUCCAACCCGGCCGCGGUCGAGCUCAAUGCCACCGACGCAGCGAUCCAGAGCAUCGCGUUGGCCGUGACGUCGCCCGUGGCCAUCUGUCUUAGCUUACGUCCAUCGCCCGUCACGCCAACCCAACAUCAUGCGACAGUGUCGCCACCGCUUCUUCAACUCGAAGUGCCAGAGACAGACGAUGACGACAAGGCGGCGGCGCCAUCCACACCUCGGAAGCGACUGGCCACGGCCGUUCAGUUGGACUCGUCCAUCAACUUGCCGAGUCAUCCGCGUCAAGCUCGCUCAGUUCCAAAGAAGGUCGCUUCUUCGUCCAUACUAGUGGGAAAAGGCAAGCCAUUGAGGAGUCCAGUCAGUCGCGCUGCUGUGGAUGAGGCAUAAGGUUCAACGACCAACAUUCUACUCCCAGUACCAGCAUUCUCCGUCUCUUUUUUCUCUCCCACGCAAAUCUUUUGUUUCCA